AUGGGUAAGGUGAAAAAGUCCAAGAAAAAUCCCCGAUCCCGGGUCAACCCGUUAAAAAAGAAACCGGAAACCGCGGCGCCAGUCGCCGAUGAAGGCAAGUCCCAGGUGCUCCCCUUAAUCAAUAAGCUUAAGCUGGCGGACGCGAAGGAGAAGGCGAUGGCCAUCGGCACCCUCAAUAUUCUUGCCGAAAACCCUCAGAUGAGAAAGUUGCUUUUGAAAGAACGGAUUGUCGCUACCGUGAUGGAGUACGCCCUCAACGAUAACCUGAGAGAGGUCGUGGUGGAGCUGUUUGGUCUCUUGCGCAAUUUGGCCAUCGAGGAGGGAUACGACGUCGUCAAAUACAUGUGGCGCCAGAACGUGUGGGCACUGUUGCAAGCAGCAUUUGAAGCGAUUGCCGCUCAGUUCGCUAGCGGGUGGGAUGACCUCGCUGGUCCCGAAAAGGCCUUGGUAUACGAUUGGUGCGAAAACGUAUUGCUGUUAGUAGUGGUGAUGGCCACCACCGACGAAGUGAUUUUUGAACUGGUGUUUAAUAAGAUUGACCCGCUUCUCCAGUUUGUUUACACGGCGUUAUCUCAGAAACAGCUGCCGCGGUUAGUGCAUGCCGGGCUCGAUUUCAUCUACGAGUUCCUUAGUGAAUCGACUCAGUUUGUCGACUUGGUGUCGUCGCAAGCGGAAAAGCUUCCUCUUGCUAACCUUGACGCCCAGGGAGACCGUCUUACCGGAGUAUACGUUGACGGUAUCAAAUACAACUUUACCAGUCUGCCUGACGACUACGCCCGCAUCCUCUUGUCGCUCUACGAUACCUGUUCGCUGGUGGACCUUGAAGGGAUCAUCAAGCUUCUCCAGUCGACGGAGCCGAUCUCGGCCGACACUGACCUGGCCACCCAUGCUAAAGCACAAGCGGAAGCUAGAGCUGAUUUGAGAGCGUUGGAAGUGCUGCUAGACCUCAUCACACUGAUAUUGGAAGGGCUUUCGAUUAAUGAACGCAAGUUCAACGCCCCCGUCAAGCUCUCCGACGACUUAUUGCAAAAUGUGCUCUUCGCUAAAGUGUGGCCGAUGAUCACCGAAAUCGUUAAAUUUGAGCUCAAUCACGACGGGUCGCUUUAUCUUUUGAACCGGGCGCUCUAUGCGAUGAACAACUUCUGCUGGUUGAUGCUUGCUAAUCAGAAACUCCCCGUCCAGUGGUUUGAACACAGUAAUGCUGGCUGGGACCUUGUUGACGCCGUGGUGCAAAAGGCGUCGCUGCAGCUGGCCAAUGACUUACAGAAGACUACGCUUCUGAUCAUGUGGGGUAUCUCUAAGGCUCAAGGCCCGCAGAUUAAGAAUAAAUUGCGCCGGGAGUUUGUCGACUCCUUGAUCACUACCGUGGGGACGAUUAACCACGAAGACGACGACCAGGUCGAUCUCAAGCUUGCCAUCAUGGGUUUCCUCGCCUCGGUGGCGCCUCAGCUUGAAGACAUCACCUUAAUUGGCGCUGUCGGUAACUUCUUGAUGCAAACCGCGGAGACGAUGCUGACUCCCGUCAACGCCAAUUGUACCCGGUUAACCAUUGAAGCGCUUAAUUUGAUCUACGACCUUUUCGGCGAUAAGGAGUACCCUUACGACCAGCCGGUGUUCGUGGCGCAAGGCUACUUGCCCCGUCUCGAAGCGCUCGAGCCUCAGGUGAAGGUGAUGUUCAAGAAGGUUGAUCGCAAUAAGUUUAACCAGCUCAAGGUCGAGGCGGAAGAGGCCUGGGUCAACUUGGGCCGGUUCAUCGAGUACAAGCACGACGAGCAGAAAUAG